AUGGACCCCAUCAUCCUUUCCGACGAAGAAGACCCAGCAACGCCGUUCCCCCUCCGUUCCAAAAAACGCCGAACCGAACCGGACCCAAACCCCACCGUUUUCGUCAUCGAGGAUGACCCAACCCCUCACAAAUCCGCCACGCCGUCUAUCGUUCCUGAGACUCCAAUGUCCGCGCUAUUCGGUUCCGAUAUUGCAAUCGUCAAAUGCACCAUGCCUUCCUAUCCUUCCGUUAGGGUUUCGCCCAACAAAUUCUCCGGGAUUAGUCAAAUGAUAUGUUUGGAAUCGGAUAAUGAGUCGGAAUAUUGUGGAAUGGACAAACGGGAUGAUGAGACUGAACUAAGAGAUUCUAGAUGGAUUUCGAAUUCAAUGGGGUCUGGAAGUUCUCCUCGUGUAAUAUUGGAAUCAGAUAACACGUUAGAAAAUUGUGGAAUGGACAAACGGGAUGAGAAUGAGCCAAGAGAUUCAAGAUGGACUUCAAAUUUAGUGGGGUCUGGAAGUUUUCCUCAUAUAUGUUUGGAGUCAGAUAACGAGUUAGAAAAUUGUGGAACAGGUGAAUGGGAUGAAAAUGAACCAAGAAGGUCAAGAUUGACUUCAAAUUCAUCGGGGUCCGGAAGUUCUCCUCGUAUAUGUUUGGAAUCGGAUAGUGAGUUAGAAAAUCGUGGAGUGGGCAAGCGACAUGAGAAUGAAGCAAGAAAUUCAAGAUGGACUUCAAAUGCAAUGGGGUCUAGAAGUUCUCCAGAGAGGCAUAUUGGGCGUGGAAGUGCUACUCCAACUGAAAUGCCUGGGGACAACCUUUCAAAUCCAACCUCUUUACAAGUGGAAAAUAUGGACACAGAGAAGGAGAAGAACACAAAAAAUAUGAAAAAAUCCAAAGUGUCUUCAAAGAACACAACCAAGGCAGUGAAGAAAACAAAAAUGACAAAAGAAGAAAGAAGUCGUCUGAUGGAGGAAAAGAAACUACAGAAAGAACAAGAGAAGUUACAAAAGGCUGCUCUAAAGGCUGAAGCUGCAGAGCUGAAAAAAUUUGAAAAAGAAAAGCAAAAAUGGGAAAAGGGGAAGUUUGCAAUUAAAUCCAUUGUCGCAGAAAUUGAUGCAAAGGUAGUUGAAGCAGGUUCUAUUGGAGGACAUCUGCUUACUAGGUUUGCUGAAAAGGGGCUUACAUACCAUAUUACAUCAAAUCCAAUCUCAGGGUCCAUUUUGUGGUCCAUGAAAGUUCCAGAACAAAUUUCACAGGUAGUUACGUGCUCAAAGUAUUCCAAAUCCUCACACAAAGUGAUGAACUACGUGACAAGACCAGUCACAGUGACACUUGGCAGGGAGCCAUUGAAGAAUAAUGGUGUGUUAAUCAUUAGGACAGACCAUGAGGAGAGAAGAAUGGAGACAGAAAAGACAAAUACUGUUAACAUGGAAGGACAACUGUGGAGGAUCCACGAAUUAUGCACCCACGCAAGAGCACUCCUUUCUACUGAAAGAAUUGAGAUUCCAUAUGUCCUUAUUAUUUCUGAGGCUGACAAAUUUUGUAAUCUUGUCACCAAUGAUUCUCUUUUUAAUCAACUCUCUAGCAUUCGGAAUCUUUAUCCAGCUUAUACAGUUCUGGCAAAACUAACGACUAAUUUCAACAAAGUACAUUCCAGGCAGUGUGUAGAUGAGGCUGAACUGGCCGAACAUGUUGUUGGUUUGACAUGCAGUUUGGCAUCAUGUCAGUUCAGAAAGAAGUUAACCCGAUUAUCUGUAUAUGCAAAUGGAGCUCUUGUUCCGAAGGACUGUGUUGACCGGAAUUUGAUAAAGAAAUCUUUAUGGUUAAAAGCUUUGGUUUCUAUCCCCAAGGUUCAGCCACGAUUUGCCAUUGCUAUCUGGAAGAAAUACCCAACCAUGAAGUCCCUGUUAAGUGUUUAUAUGGAUCCACGUAAAUCGGAGCACGAGAAGGAAUUUUUACUUAAAGACUUGAUGACAGAAGGUUUGCUUGGUGGUGACCGAAGGCUAGGUGAGGUUUGUUCAAAGAGAGUAUAUAGAAUUCUAAUGGCGCAAAGUGGAUGCACUCUUACAGAUGAUGUCGAGAAUGGUGCUGAUUUCUUUGAACGUCAGUCAUGA